AUGGCGAUCAAGCACAACCAGAAGCUCGUCAACAACCACUUCCGCAAGGACUGGCAGCGAAGGGUUCGCACCCACUUCGACCAGGCCGGGAAGAAGGCUUCGCGCCGCACUGCCCGUCAGGUCAAGGCUGCUGCUCUUGCCCCUCGCCCCGUCGACAAGCUGCGCCCUAUUGUGCGAUGCCCGACCAUCAAGUACAACCGCAAGGUCCGCGCCGGCCGGGGUUUCACCUUCGCUGAGCUCAAGGAGGCUGGCAUUGCCCGACCUCUGGCCCGCACCAUCGGUAUCUCCGUCGACCACCGCCGCCAGAACCUGAGCGAGGAGAGCCUGGCCAUCAACGUGGCCCGCCUCAAGGCCUACAAGGAGCGUCUCAUCCUCCUCCCCCGCCGCUCCAACGCCCCCAAGAAGGGUGACACCAAGACCGACCUCUCCAAGGUCGAGAAGGCCACCUCCGUCUCCGCCGUCCUGCCCAUCGCCCCCACCGACCUGGCCGUCAAGGAGAUCAAGAAGAGCGAGAUGCCCGCGCCCGUCGAGGGUGGUGCGUACCGGAAGCUGCGCGUUGCCCGAAGCAACGCCCGGUACCAGGGUGCCCGCGAGAAGCGCGCGCGGGACAAGGCCGAGGCCGAGACCGCCAAGAAAUAA